GCUGCUCGCCGCGUCCCGCAGCCACCUAAUCCAGCGGCCUGAGCAGACGCUUGGUCCUGCCGGGGCUCGCGCUGCCGUCGGGACAGACACGGGCAGGAGGCGGAGGGUGAGCGCUGCAGGAGCCGGGGCCGGGGACGCUGGCGCCGGCGCCCUCCGAAACAGCCACUGAGCCAGCCGCCAGCCUGACCUGCCACGGCUGCUGCGGGGGCCUGCGGAAGCCAAGUCUCCUGCCCACCCGUUGUGUCCGAUUUAACUAAUGAUCUGAAUUGCUGCUUGUCUUAUAGUCAUGAAUUAUUCUCAUUUCAUCACUGCAGUAAGUGCAGCAAGAAAGGCAUCUCCAAUAAGACUUCUGACUGAAUUGAUGCAGAAGUCUCCCCCAUCAGUAAUCUCCUUGGCUGGAGGGGCACCGAACCCCAACACUUUCCCAUUUAAGAUGGCCACUAUUACCACUGGAGAUGGAACUGCUGUGAAUAUUGGGGAGGAUUUGAUGAAGAGAGCCCUCCAGUACUCUGCCUCAGCAGGAAUUCCUGAGUUGUUGUCCUGGCUAAAGGAUUUACAGAAGAGUCUCCACAAUCCUCCCACUGCCAACUACAGUCCUGAUCAGGGCCAAAUGGAAAUGUGUGUCACUACCGGCAGCCAGGAAGGCUUGUCCAAAGUGUUUGAGAUGCUUAUUAACCCUGGAGACAACAUCCUUUUGGACUCACCCACCUAUCCUGGGACUCUAGCAGCUCUAAGACCUUUGGGCUGCAACAUAAUCAAUGUUCCCAGUGACCAAUACGGUAUUAUUCCAAAAGCCCUGAAAGAAAUUCUUUCCAGAUGGAGCCCAGAAGAUGUCAGAAAGCACAACAACAUUCCCAAAUUCCUGUACACCAUUCCAAAUGGUGGCAAUCCCACUGGAACUUCAUUGACUACUGACCGCAAAAAGGAGAUAUAUCAGCUUGCAAGACAAUAUAAUUUCCUUGUAAUAGAAGAUGAUCCUUAUUAUUUUCUUCAGUUUGAUAAGCCUUGGGCUCCAACUUUCCUCUCAAUGGAUGUUGAUGGUCGAGUUAUCAGGACUGACUCUUUCUCUAAAAUUCUCUCCUCUGGGUUGAGAAUAGGCUUUUUAACUGGUCCCAAACCACUUAUUGACAGAGUUAUUCUGCAUAUACAAGUCUCAACAAUGCACACCAGCACUUUCACACAGCUUAUGAUUGCACAGCUUCUUCAGCAGUGGGGAGAAAAGGGUUUCCUGGAGCACGUAGACAGGGUAGUGGCGUUCUAUAGGGACCAGCGAGAUGCAAUGCUUGCUGCAGCAGAUAAGUGGUUAAAAGGUCUGGCAGAUUGGCAUGCUCCUGCUGCUGGCAUGUUUCUAUGGAUUAAAAUUAAGGGAGUUUCUGACACACAACAGCUGAUCACAGAAAAAGCUUUGCAGAAAGAAGUGUUACUGGUUCCUGGGGGAGCAUUUAACAUUGAUAGCUCAGUUCCCAGUUCUUAUGUCAGAGCUUCUUUCUCUCUGUCUUCUCCAGCCCAGAUGGAUCAGGCUUUUCAGAGGCUGGCUGAGCUUAUAAAAGAAGCUAUAUGAAGAGACCAAAUGAAAACCAUCUACCAAAUUAAAAGUCCCCUUCAAAAAAAGUGCACCUUCAUUAAAAGAGGAUUUCAUAAUGGCAUUUAAGGAGCAAACCACAAUACAGUGUAUAUUUCCUUAGUUGGUAUGAAUGCUUUGGGAAUUUAAAACAUGGAUAGAAGAUCACCAAAAGACCUCAGAACAUGCCUUUUGAUAGGGAGUGCAGAAAGCUAUAGUUUAAUUAGAAAUGAUCUCGUUCAACCUAUUAACUCCUUUUUAUGACAGGCAAUAUCAUAUAAAAAGACUAUUAUUCCAAAUUACAAUGCAGCUAUAGUAUAUGGUUAUGUGCACAGUAGCAAUAGUGUAGUUGAAAUAAGAAGAUAAUUCCAUUCUAAACCACUCUUCAUUUUCCCAUAACUUCCUCAAAAUUGUGCUGAACCAGAUCUUUUCCAAAAGUGAAUUUUAAAAGAAGGUUUGAACAAAUUCUAUUCAGUCAUUUUGAAUUAUUGGCGGAGGGAAUAGCUUUUCGAUCAACUUUUGAAUUAACUCAGGGAUGAACUACAUAACUUUUGACUUGACAUGACACAUGAGUGACAAAUGCAGUCCUUGCUAAAUUUGGCUGGGAAAGGACUUUGAAUUAAAGUAGUUAAUUUUUAAAAAUGGUAUACUUGAUAUGUACAGUAAAUUAUCUUACUUCAACUACACUAUUGCUAUUGUGCACAUAACCAUAUACUAUACAUAUGCUAUUUUAGGUGCACAUUUCAAACUGUGGAAAAACUGUAUUGAUCAGAAAGUGUUUCAAUGAAAUCGCUCAGAACCCUCUUAACCCAACCCUUUCUGAACUCUAAAAUCACAUUGCACCAGCAAAUUAACUAAUGUUUGGUCAGAGUAAAUUGACUUAGGCACUUUUGAAAACUUGCAAUUAGACUCUGGUUACAAAUAAAAGGAAAUUAGUUUGCACUCUU